GUCUUUUAUUUAGCAACGGUGACUUUUAUUUAGCAACGGUGAUAGUAAACUAUUUUCAUCCUUCGACAAUAAUAUCCAUUCCCAUGUGAUAAGGGUACAUUGAUGACUCUGUUUCGUGGAUGCUUCAUAUUUGGUUGGUGUGAAGCCACGUCAUUGACGGUCUCCUCUUAGAGUUUUCAGUAUAUUAAUCCACUUGUCUUUUCUUCAUUUCAAACAAUAUUACACCAUUUGAAUCAUUACAUUUAGAAGCGAUUUCCUGCGAGAGACUCUAAGGGAAGUUAUAUCAUACCAAGGGACAAUGUAUAAGCUGUUUGGUCCUAUGAAUAAGCUGUUUGGUCCUAUGAAUAAGAUGUUUGGUCUGCCAAGAGAGGGAGGUACAGCUUCUAGUUCUUCUACAGAUUCUAAUAGCAACCAAAGCUAUAGAUACGAUGUGUUCAUCAGUUUCAGAGGUUCUGACACCCGUAAUUCCUUUGUUGACCAUCUCUACGCUCAUCUCAAUAGAAAAGGUAUUUUCACCUUCAAGGAUGACAAGCAGCUACAGAAAGGAGAAGCCAUUUCACCCCAACUUCUACAAGCAAUUCAACAGUCACGCAUUUCUAUCGUUGUUUUCUCCAAAGAUUAUGCUUCUUCAACAUGGUGUUUGGAUGAAAUGGCUGCUAUUAGCGAAUCUAGAAUAAAUUUGAAACAAGUUGUUUUCCCUGUUUUUUAUGAUGUUGAUCCAUCUCAUGUCAAAAAACAAAAUGGAGUAUAUGAGAAUGCAUUUGUUUUACAUACUGAGGCAUUCAAGCAUAAUUCAGGCAAGGUUGCUCGAUGGAGGACAACAAUGACUUAUUUGGGUGGAACAGCUGGUUGGGAUGUUAGGGUUGAGCCAGAGUUUGAAAUGAUUGAGAAAAUAGUUGAGGCUGUAAUAAAAAAGUUGGGUCGCACAUUCUCAGGAUCCACUGAUGACCUUAUUGGAAUACAACCUCAUAUAGAAGCAUUAGAGAACCUUUUAAAACUAAGUUCAGAGGAUGAUGGUUGUCGAGUUUUGGGAAUAUGGGGUAUGGAUGGCAUAGGGAAGACAACUCUUGCCACCGUUUUGUAUGACAAAAUCUCAUUUCAAUUUGAUGCUUGUUGUUUUAUUGAAAACGUUAGCAAAAUUUAUGAGGAUGGUGGUGCUGUUGCUGUGCAGAAACAAAUUAUUUGUCAAACAAUAGAAGAAAAAAAUAUAGACACAUGCAGUGCUCGUAAAAUAUCCCAAACUAUGAGAAAUAGGUUAUGCAAACUAAAACUCCUGAUUGUUCUUGACAAUGUUGAGCAACUUGAACAACUAGAGAAAUUGGACAUAGAACCCAAAUUUCUUCACCCAAGAAGUAAAAUAAUCAUAAUCACUAGAGAUAAGCAUAUUCUUCAAGCAUAUGGGGCUGACGAAGUUUUUGAGGCUAAACUGAUGAACGAUGAAGACGCUCAUAAACUUUUGUGUAGAAAAGCCUUCAAAAGUGAUUAUCCAAGCAGUGGUUUUGCAGAGCUUAUUCCUAAGGUGUUAGUAUAUGCUCAACGUCUUCCGUUGGCGGUUAAAGUGCUGGGUUCUUUCUUGUUUUCCAGAAAUGCAAAUGAAUGGAGCUCUACCUUGGAUAAAUUUGAAAAGAAUCCACCAAACAAAAUAAUGAAAGCGCUCCAGGUAAGUUAUGAGGGAUUAGAGAAAGAUGAGAAAGAAGUGUUUUUGCAUGUUGCUUGUUUCUUUAAUGGAGAGAGGAAGGAUUAUGUAAGCCGAAUUCUAGAUGCUUGUGAGUUGAAUCCUGGUAUUAAUAUUCGACUUCUUGCUGAAAAAUCGCUAAUAACCAUUAGAAAUGAGGAAAUUCAUAUCCAUGAAAUGUUGCACAAGUUAGGGAAGCAAAUUGUUCAGGAACAACAUCCUCAUAAGCCAAAACUAUGGAGUAGAAUGUGGCUUUACCGUGAUUUCCAUCAUGCCAUGAUUACAAAUUCGGAAGCAAUAAAAGCUAAGGCCAUAAUUCUAAAUCAAAAGGAGGAUGUGAGCAAAUUCAACAAGUUGAGGGCUGAAGAUUUAUCAAAAUUGGAAAACUUGGAAGUGCUCAUAUUAUAUAAAUCAAAAUUUUCAGGAAAACCCACAUCUCUUUCUGAUUCCCUAUGCUAUCUUUUGUGGAAUGGUUACCCUUUCACGUCUUUGCCAUCAAAUUUUCAACCACAUCGGCUUGUAGAAUUGAAUAUGCCUGAUAGCAGCAUUAAACAGUUAUGGAUAGGCCCCCAGUAUCUCCCCAAUUUGAGAAGGAUGGAUUUGAGCAACUCAAAAAAUCUGAAGAUGACUCCAUGUUUUGAGGGAAUCCUAAACCUUGAGCGGCUAGAUUUUACAGGAUGCAUAAACUUAUCGCAUGUGGAUCCAUCAAUUGGACUUCUUACUGAACUUGUAUUCUUGAGUUUUCAGAGAUGCGCUAGUUUAGUGAGCCUUAAUUUUGGCCGUCGACCAUUAUUAAAGUCACUAAAAGUUUUGUGUCUCUCGGAUUGUACAAAACUUGAAUACACUUCUGAUUUCAGUGGACUAGUAAUGCUCCAAUAUCUUGACAUGGAUCGAUGUGCAAGUAUAUCCAGGAUUCAUGAAUUUGUUGAGACUCUUGGAAAUCUGAGCUACUUAAGUUUGAGAGACUGCACAAAUCUUGUUGAAAUACCUUGUAUGUUGGAAUGCUAUAUUCCUCUCAAAUCUUUGAUUUAUUUGGACUUAAGCUUUUGCAAUAUUUCUAAAGUACCAGAUGCGAUUGGAGAAUUAAAGAGUUUAGAAAGACUAAAUCUACAGGGAAAUAAAUUUACUUCAGUUCCUUCCACCUACAGGCUUAAAAAUCUAUCAUAUUUGAACUUGUCUCAUUGCCAUAUGCUUCAGAGUUCGUCUGAACUCCCAACAGCAAACGGUCCAUCCGAUUUACUAGGAAGGUAUUUUGAAACAACAUCCCAAUCCCAUAAUCAUAGAUCAGGAUUAUAUAUUGUCGACUCUCCCAAUUACACCAAUUUAGAUUUCUUCUGGUCAGGCAUUGGAUGGAUGCAAAGACUAGUUAAGGAACCUCGUCACUUUCGGUGUGGCUUUGACAUUGUUAUUCCUUGGCUUGGACAUGAUUAUUAUUUGGGGAACUUCAAUUUCAAGUUUAAAGGGGGUUUGGAUAUAGUAAGGAUAGAGAACUCUUUUAGCCUUAUGGAUUGUGUCGGGUGUCUCUUUUUUGUAAAGUUUGAAGUAAAUAAUUGUCAUGAAGUGUCUGGUUCUCCACUUGGAUCGUUCUCUUCUCCACUGCCACAUCCUUUUUAUCUUUCUUUUGAGAGUGAAUACACCGAAGAACGAUUUGAUAUGCCACUUGAUUUGGAAAUAAACAAAGUUGAUGGAAAAAAAUAUCUUUGGGUUAUCUAUAUCUCUCGAAAACACUGCCAUUUUGUAAAAACAGGAGCACAUAUCACAUUUAAAGCCCGGCAAGGUUUGAUUAUCAAGAAAUGGGGGUUGCACGCAGUAGCCAAUAAAUUAAAGCUAUCAAUACCGAGAGAUAAGAUAUCUCUUCCUUUACAGAUUGUGAAACAAAAAGAAAGAAGCAGUAGCAUUGAGCCUAAAAUCCAACUUCCUUACAAUUGGUAUGUUUGUGAUGAAGAUGAAGUCGAGAUGAAACAAGCCAAGGGGAAAGAAACUGAUCUCUUUAAUCUUGGCCUUAUUACUUAAAGUCCAUGAUGAAGAAAUAAAAAAACACAAUAUAAUUCUCCUAUCCCUGAGAGGAGAUGCACUUCCUAUAUGUAGAUAUGGUUACUGAUCUUUGCUUUGGCAGCUACGACCACUAGCUUAUUCUAUAAGGACUUAAGUUUGUGGAACAGUUCGACACAAACAAAAGUAAUUUGGUGCUACGAGUUGGGAACUUGAACUGUUUCAAUACAACGAUAUCUUCAGAUUUCGACUCUCCGAAGUGUUAAUGUUUCUAUGCCCUUUUUUUUUAUGUUUUGGCUACAAUCAAUAUUCAUAGUUUUCUCCUAAUAGCUUUGUUUAUUUAGUCAAGCUUUACUUGUCCCAAACAUUUUGGUUGAUACCCAAAAGUUUAUUUAUGUUUGAUAUGUUACUCUGAAUUGUAAAUUGAAAGAUGGAAUGUAAUCACUUUCUUUAUGCUUA